CCGACCCGCGGCCUGGCGCAUGGCUGUGUGGGGCCUGGGAGGCCGCCUGGGCCUGCGCGGGUGUCUCGGGGCCAGCGGACUACGUCCCGGUUUCCAGAGCCGCGGCCUCCAGGGCGUGGAUGACGGGGACAGGCCACAGCCUUCCUCGAAGACACCCAACCUCCCCAAGAUUUACACCAAAACAGGAGACAAAGGGUUUUCAAGCACCUUCACUGGAGAAAGGAGACCCAAAGAUGACCAUGUGUUUGAAGCCGUGGGAACUACAGAUGAAUUAAGUUCCGCCAUUGGGUUUGCUAUAGAAUUAAUUGCGGAAAAGGGGCACCCAUUUGCUGAAGAGCUUCAGAAAGUCCAGUGCUCGCUGCAGGACAUCGGCUCUGCCCUGGCGACACCGCGCUCCUCGGCCCGGGAGGCUCACUUAAAACACGCUGCAUUCGGGGCGGGGCCCGUCCUGGAGCUGGAGCAGUGGAUCGACAAGUACUCCAGCCAGCUCCCCCCUCUCACGGCUUUCAUUCUGCCUUCGGGAGGCAAGAGCAGCUCGGCGCUGCAUCUCUGUCGGGCCGUGUGCCGCCGAGCUGAGAGACGCGUGGUGCCUCUUGUCCAGAUGGGCGAGACGGAUGCAAACGUGGCUAAGUUCUUAAACAGACUCAGCGACUAUCUCUUCACGGUAGCCAGAUACGCAGCCAUGAAGGAGGGGAAUCAAGAAAAAAUAUACAAGAAAAACGACCUGGUGGACCAAGCCUGAGGCACUUGGCAAUAAUGGAAAGGGGGGGUUUGUAGACCCCUCCGUGGUGACCACGGUGAAGAGAAGAGGCUGCCCUUUGGUGCCCUGGUCGCUGCCGGUCUCCCCGGAGGGGCUGGGAGCUGGUCUUCUGUGCAGACUGGCUUCCUCUCAGACCCCUCCCUUCCCUCAGGGAGCUGUGGCUGCGUCAGGAUUCGGCCUGGCUCUCCCUGGUCUUAGAGGAGUGGGAGGAAUUCAGCAUUGCAGAUGAGAAAGGUGAAGUGAUUGUUGCGAUGAGGGGGCACGCAGGAAAAAAAAUAAAAGUGAGAAAGGCUUGAGCCGUGUG